CUGUCGCCAUAGCAACGUGUAAACGGACAACGGCGACACGGACCAGCUACUUUCUGCUGUCUGAUAUUUAAUGUCUGCUGUCUUCAUCACCGCAGCAUUUAGCUAUUUCAGUCAGUGACCUUUAUACAGCACGUUGUUAAUAUGGAAGAAGUUGAGAAGGACCCAGAGGAGGCGUCUGAACCCUCUGUGUUUUCCGAAAACCAGGAGUCCAAGAGCGGGGUCUCCACACAGGAGGCGGAGGAGGACCCCACUGUGGAGGUCAAAGAGGAGUCUCAGGAGAACUGGCCUGAAGAGGAGGAGGUGGAGGGAAGUGAAAAGCUGAUCACUUCUCAGAGGAUAAUCGGUCUGCAGAGAGAUUUGUCGGCAUUGGUGACCAACAUCCAAACAGCAGCUGAUGCCAAAGAGUCAAUGCGAAGGACAGAGUUGGAGGAAGCACGCAGACUAAGAUUGGAGCGGCUGGAGAAUGAUGCAAAAUCCAGCCAGGAAAGGUUUGAGGAGAUCACCAGAGGGUGGUCAGUAGCUAAGCAAAAGUUGAUUCCUCAGGAGCUGCAGGAGGCCCUCAGCAACCAGCAGCAGUUAUGGGCUGUUCUCUUAGAAGACAAGAAAAAACUCAUCAACGACCUACAACAGGAGCUAAAGGCUGGAGAUGAUCGCUAUGUUAAAGACUUAAGGAAGCAGGCAGAGGAGCUGGACCUGAUGAUGGAGAGGAUGGAAGAGCAAAUCAAAACCUUGACAAAGGCCUACAGGGAGGAGCUGGCUCAGAUGGAGAGAGUUUAUCAGCAGGAAACUGACGUCUUACUCACAAAAUACAAGAGCGAAUGGGAGCAAUACAUGAAGGAACUUUUGGACAAAGAGGGGGAGAGGUUGAUGCAGAGGAAGGAGAAAGUGGAGGAGUAUGAAACCAUAAUUCACCAUCUGAUGUUGGAGAUCAGCGACAAGGACAGCAUCAUCAGCAUAGAACAGAAUGAAAAGUUUCAGGUUCAGGAGAGAGAACUUCAACAGAUAAAGGGCAACAGUAUGGUCGCGAAGCUAAAAGAAAUCAAGCACGAGGAUGACUUAUCAAGAAACAAAUUCAACCUGGCCCAUAUGAAGAGCAGGAUCAUCAGCCUGAGGACAGAUAUGAAAAACCUGGUGGAAAAGUGCAAGAGUCAGGAGCAACAGUUUACAAAAAGGAACCAGUAUUUGUCUGACGACUACAAACGCAACAUCCAGCAGUAUGAAUGCAUACAGAAGAAAAUCAAGCACUUUGCUGCGGCUGAUGUCAAAAAAUUUGAAGAGAUGUGGCUGAUGAUCGAAGCAGAGGUGAAGCAGCUAGUGGAGAGGGUUUUGGUCAUUGAGUCACUGAUCUACAAACAGCACCUUGGUCUAGCCUGGGAGCGGCCUCCUUUGCCGUUCAUGGAGCGUUCUGGUCCCAUUCAGCCUCAGAAACACUCAAGGCGGCCCGACCGCCAGGCCGAGUCACAGUCGUUUGAAACCGGCAGUCAGAGGAUGAUGGACGCCUCAGUCGGGCCUCAGCUGGAGGCAGACACUGAGAGCAUGGACAUGGAAACGUACAGAGAAGGGAGAGAGGCACUGAGCGAGAGUGGUACAGAGGUGGAUGAGGGGAAGUUGACGACGGAGAUGGUGAAGAAAGUGAUGGAGUUGCUGUGUGAUGAGGCGGGCUUCCUGGUAGAGGACAAACUUCUGAGCCUGCUGGCCCCCCUGGAGAAGGAAGAGCAGACCGUUGUGAAGCUGGCCUCUCUCCUUACUUCUUUUGGCAUCGAAGAGGAGGAUUUGCCGAAGUUGGCUCAUUUCUUAAUUAAGUCCAAACACCAGCAGAGACAGCCGACAGAGGAUGUUUUCGUUGAGUUUGGGGAGGAAGCUGAGACCAACCUCACCUCUGAACUCACUGAUCCAAAACAUGUUGUGCCUGCUCUAAAACAUUUCCUAGAGCAGCUCACGAGGUCAAGGAGGAGCUCAGCCCACCAAAAGAGUUUUCAGCAUGUAGAAGCUCGGGAUGCUUCUGCGGAUGAAGCUUACUGGGAGAGUAUGGGCAACGUGAUCUCUGAGGACGAACUGAAGCUCUGGGACGCAGCGGAGAGCACACUGACGCAGUACCAUGCGGUCCUGACAGAGAUCUCUGAGCUCGUCCCUGAGACCGAAGAUCUUGAGCAGCAGAACAAAGAGCUGCGGCUGAUGCUGCAACAGUUGCUUACCUCAGACUUAUGAGUCUGUGUUUAAGUUUAUGUCUGUUUUUUGGACGUGCACACUGGUUCCAGAUAUUCAGUGCAGUUGUGGGACACCCACUUAGAAGAGUAGUAACUUGUAUAAUUUAAAAGUGUGAUAGGUCGAAUGGAAUUUGAAUUGUAAAUCGAGUAUUUUGGGUACACGUGACGUGAAUUUUUCCAGAAUUUCAGACAUUUUAUUGACCAAAAGAUUAACCAAGGAAAUAGGGCUUGUCAAAUGAUCUAUAUAUCAGAGUAUGUAUAAAGGAUCAAGUCAG